GGUGUUCGCUUGCGGUGUGUACCAGUUGGUCGUCCUCGCUUCUCGUGCCCGGAACGCGUUGAAAUGAGGCAUCCUUCAUGAUGAGAUUCAUCACACUUUGCCUAUUGCUAUCAGUCUAUGUCGGGAGUUCCGUUGCCUGCGAUCUCGACCAUUGCUCGACCGAGUACACUAGCACGUUCGUGCACGACCCCAGCAAAGGCUGUCGGCGACUCGACGGGGACCGGUGCAACCAGUGGCGGUCGUACCACGCAUGUCUGCUCGACGCGCGGCCUCAGUGUGUCGACUUCCCUCUCCUCUUCGGCACUCGCGAGGCCGAGGCGUCUCGCAUUAUCGAGUGCUAUUGCGAGUACGACGAAGGGACGACGAGUGACGCUCCGUUUGUCGUUGGAUCGGAUUUCACUCUCGCCUCGGGUACUUCGACGCUCGAUACUGCGUGUCGGGCAGCGGAACGCUUCCCGUCGUACACGGCCUGCGUCCUCUUCGGGGAUCCUCAUCUCGUCACGUUGGCCGGUCGUGAGGAGACGUGCUGUCUUUCUGGCAGACAUAGACUUCUCGAGUACGACGAACUGUCAGUUGACACUGUGAAUGUGAGGGUGGACACGAGACUGAAGGCCACGGGAACGAGCGAGGUGAUUGUGAGAUAUGGCGCUAGCUCCUGCACGGAACACUCGAGUCUUCAGUACAGCGCGACGGCGUCGGAUUUUCGAGCGUUUUUCGACGACGGCUCGUCUCCCGAGCAUCUGAUUGAGCGUCGAGAUGACAACCUCGUUGUACUGAAAGCGGCGUGGUUGGGCAUCACGAUUCGUGUUCGUCGAACGGGGAUAUACCUGACGGUUGCAAUACAAUUGCCGUCUGCUGUGCAGGAUGAAGUUGGAGGUCUCUGUUUUACCGGCUGCCCAAGUGACGAGCUUCUGGAGUAUAAACUGCCUAGUCUGUCUGCACAAGUUGUUCUUCCGCAUGUAGCCCGUUAUGCUUGCGACCACGUGGAAGAGGACACGUUUUUCUUCCAGUCGUGUGUGUUUGAUUUGGUGAUGACUGGAGACCGGAAUUUCACGGUGGCGGCGUUAGAGGCCAAGAAGGACGUGGAAGACUUGCAGGCUGGUUUACCAGUGGACUCUGCUGCUGAGAGGGUAACAAGACAUGGUGCACUCGUGGUGGUGUUAGCUUUGAUGAGCUUGUUGCUGACUUCCAAGAUCGAUGAAUUUGUAUAGAUGUGCGCAUUAUUUGCGUUUUCUUAUGAUAUUUAUGUUCAAUACUGCAUGUUGAACGGUGGAUAUGGUAUGUAUUAUAUAUUGCUAUAUGCUGUGCAUAAAUUGUGUUGUAAUUGACUGAAGAAGGUAGUCAUUGCAGCCAUGUAUAUGUUUUCAGUAUGGUAUGAAUAUUGAGCUGACAAUGUUGUCCCUAUUAUGGACAGAUGUGAAG